AACACAUUCCCUUCAAGGGCACGUGGUGACUUGAAUGUGCUCACCUGAAUACGACACUGCAAGGAGUCGUUCUCUCUCUGCUGCAGAAACAGUCCUGAUCGCGUCAAGACAACCACGGAUCUUUCGAAACAAUGGCCUCCUCCAUUCCUCUCUCCAAGCCCAACACCACCUUCUCUCUGGCUCUGCUCAGAAAGCUGAGUGAGGACAAGAAGACUGCAAACAUCUUCUUCUCUCCUUUCAGCAUCUCUUCAGCUCUGGCUAUGGUGAUGCUGGGAGCCAGAGGAGACACAGCCACUCAGAUAUCAGAGACCCUGAAAACCCUGGAUGUCAAGGAUGACCUCCACUCCAGCUUCGGCCAGCUGCUGAGCCAGCUCAACAAGUCGGACGCUCCGUAUGCCCUGAAUGUCGCCAACAGGCUCUACGGCGAGCAGUCCUACCAGUUUGUUCAGGAUUACCUUGAGAGCACCAAGAAGCACUACAAGGCAGAACUGGAGACCGUGGACUUCACCUCAAAGGCCGAGGCAGCCAGGGUCAAGAUCAACGGCUGGGUGGAGACACAGACACAAGGUAAAAUUAAGGAUAUCCUGGCCCAGGAUGCAGUGAACUCGAUGACCCGGCUGGUGCUGGUCAACGCAAUCUACUUCAAAGGCCACUGGGACAAGCAGUUUAAGGUGGACGCCACCCGCGACGCUCAGUUCACAGUCAACAAGAAUGAGAAAAAGGCAGUGAAAAUGAUGCACAUGAAAUCAAAGUUUCCCCUGACCUACAUCUCAGAAGUCGCCUGCCAGAUCCUGGAGAUGCCGUACAAAGGGAAGGAGCUGAGCAUGCUCAUCAUUUUACCCAACAGCGUGGAGGGUACGACCGGUCUGGAGAAGCUUGAGCAGGCGCUGACGUACGAGAAGUUCAUGGAUUGGACCAAUCCAGACAUGAUGGAUAUGAUCGAGGUGCAGGUGGGCCUGCCUCGGUUCAAGCUGGAGGAGAAAUACGACAUGAAGGCCGUCCUGACGAGCAUGGGCAUGGUGGACGCCUUCGACCAAUCAAGGAGCGACUUUUCCGGCAUGUCCCCGGCCAACGACCUGUUUGUGUCGGAGGUUUACCACAAGGCCUUCGUGGAAGUCAACGAGGAGGGAACCGAGGCCGCCGCUGCCACCGCCGCCGUCAUGACGCUGCUCUGCGCCAUGAUCCCCGCCACCUUCAUCGCGGACCACCCCUUCCUCUUCUUCAUCCGACACAACCCGUCCAAGAGCGUCCUCUUCGCUGGCCGCUACUGCUCGCCUGUGUGAGCUCAUUUAGUGUGGCGUGUCCGAACAGGAGGGAGGUUAUUACAACAUGGAGCUGAGUGAGGGAGAGGAGUUGGUGUAGAGUUCUCUCUUCCUAAUCCCACCUCAGGUUUCCAUCCGGUAGAUUUAACACCACUGUGUACAAGUUGGGCUUUACCUCUUCUCUAUGUGCCUUGCUAAAGUUUCUUCCACUGUUAAACCUGACAUCCUUUGCGGGUGUAUUUGUUCAUGUAUGUAAAACAUUACAGCUCUGUUUGCUGCAGCUGGUUUAACUUAUAACGUGUCCUUUUAAAAACAUGGCCUUUUAAAAAUGUAGCCUGUUUCAAACUGGCAGCAUAAUUGCAACAUUCUUAGCACUUUAUCUUCGCAAGCAUUGGAAUAAGUAAUCGUUUCACACUGGACGCAGAACCAAAGGGAGAGGAGAGACUACAUGAAGCUUUACUGGUAUCAGAUCUGUAGAUCAUCGUAAUGCACCCCUGAACUCUCACAUCAGGAAUAAAAGUGAAACUUUCGAA